AUGCAGUGCAGCAGCUGUUUGCUCCUGAGCUCGUUGUGCGUCUCACACUACCUGGCAUUCGCGUACGCUCAAGUGCCGGACGUCGACAUCGAGGUACCCGCGCUGAUUGAUCCACAGCCCCGUUGCCCAAUGCUCUUCAACGACCAAAGCUCGCCAGGGAAAAGAGGAAAGAUCAGGGUGAACGUCCUCGACGAGAUACGAGAGCUGAACGUCUCCAGCUGGGAGACGGGCGAAGUCUACGAAGAUGUCCUAGUCAAGAAAUUCGACUCUUCCGAGUUACCGAUGUCCCCCAACGAAACUACCGAAUUCUUCAUGAACGAAAUCCUCAAAGCCGGCGAAGAAGAUUCGCUAGUUCUAGUUUAUUUAAGGACAGGAUCUUGA